UAUCGACACACCUUUCAUUACAGUCCUCUAAAAACAGCAUCUAUAACUAAAAGCCAAUGUCUGAUAGCAAGGUUGCAGUGUCGAAAGAUUAUGUUGAUGAUACUAUCACUUUUGAUAGUUUCAAUCUAGAUCCUAGAUUAAUUCAAGCUAUUAACAAGCUUGGUUUUGAACAUCCAACGUUGAUUCAGUCACAGUCUAUUAAACUUUCGUUACAGCAAAAGAAGGACAUUAUAGCUAAAGCCUCCACCGGUUCAGGAAAAACCGCAGCAUAUUGUAUACCUAUUAUACAGAGCAUUUUAGUACAGAAUGAGUCCAAAACUGCAGAUAGCAAAAAUGAAAUUCAAAGUGUCAUUUUAGUGCCAACAAAGGAACUCGCUAAACAAGUAAGCAACUUUUUGAAGGAAUUGACAAUAUAUUGUGGUAAACAUGUUAAAGUUGUCAACUUGAAUGAUAUUGAAAACAAUCAGCUAUUAACAGCAGUGUUGAACGAUAGACCUGAGAUUCUUGUUUCAACACCAUCGAAAUUACUCAACGUUCUUGAAGAACACUCAGAUGUGAGUUUGAUGGAAUUGAAAUACUUUGUUAUUGAUGAAGUGGAUUUAAUGCUGAGUUAUGGAUAUGAUGAAGAUUUGGAAAAAUUAAGCAACUUCUUGAAUUUGAAGCAACAUAUGCAAGUUUUUAUGAUGAGUGCUACCUUGAACGAAGACAUCAAUACUUUGAAGCAAAAGUUUUGCAAUAAGGCUGCAAUAUUAAAGUUGCAGGAUUUAGAUAAUCAGAAUAAAAGAUUACUCCAAUACUAUGUUAAAACAAGUGAGUACGAUAAAUUUUUGUUAAUAUAUGUCAUCUUGAAGUUGAACUUAAUCAAGGGAAAGAUACUAGUCUUUGUGAAUAACCUAGAUAGAGGUUACAAACUCAAGCUUUUUUUACAAAAUUUUGGUAUUAGAUCUUGCAUACUUAAUUCUGAAUUGCCAAUAAAUUCAAGAUUACAUAUUCUUGAAGAGUUUAACAAAAACGUUUACAAUUUGUUGAUUGCUACUGAUGAAUCUAACGAAUACGACGAUGACACAGAAGCAGAAGUGGGUGAGAGCACAACUGAUGCUAGCAUGCUCGAUCAUGGUAAAGAUGUUGAAGACAAUAAGUCCGCCAAGAAAUUAGGCAAGAAAUCUAAUGAUGCAAAAGAUUACAGCACUUCGAGAGGUGUGGACUUCAAAAACGUGGCUUGCGUUCUAAACUUUGAUCUUUCAUCAUCAUCCAAGGCGUACAUUCACAGAGUAGGGAGAACCGCAAGAGGUGGUAAAAGCGGGAUGGCAUUAUCCUUUGUUGUAUUCAAAAACGAAUGGGGGAAGCAUAAGGCCUCAUCAUUGCCAAGUGCAAGAAAGGACGAGAAGGUACUUGCCAAGAUUGAAAGAACACAGAAGAAGUUGGGUUACGAGAUCGAGCCUUACCAAUUUGAUAACAAGCAGUUGGAUAAUUUUAGGUAUAGAAUGGACGACUCAUUCAGGUCUGUUACUCAAACUGCUGUGCGUGAGGCAAGAUUGAAGGAGAUCAAGAUGGAGUUGAUGACAAGUGAGAAGUUGAAGAGACAUUUCGAGGAGAACCCGCAAGAUUUUGAGACUUUGAGACACGAUAAAGCCCUUUCCAAGGUGAGAUCCGACGUGAACUUAAAAAGGGUGCCGGACUACUUAUUGCCCCCGGGAGCAAGACAGGACGUUAAAAAACUGGGAUUUGUUCCUUUCACCAAGCAUAAGAAGCGCCAGCAGCAGGGAAAAAGACGUAGUGGAGGUAAGAAGAAGGUCGACGUGUUGAAGAAGUACAGAAAAUAGAAUGUAUAGAACUAAAUAGUUGAACUGUGAUUCAUGAAGUCACGUGCACAAUACACACCAUCCACGAAUGACAGAAAUCGACGCGUCGCUUAUCUUUUUAGUGCCGGUGCGAAGAGAAUACGUGUCAACUUGAAUGUGUACACUUUCCCUCUGGGUAGCAGCAUCGCGUCGAGGGAAACACGUCUACCAGAG